AUGGCUGAUUCCUUCUCUUCUCCUACAGCUCUGUCAUCUGCAAAAAGAAAAUUUGCUGGUUCACUGAAUGAAUUCAAAUUCCGGUGCAUUGGUGAUGCAGAAACUGAUGAUGAAAUCUGCAUUGCCAGGUCUCUGCAGGAAUUUGCUGCUGUAUUGGGGAAUCUUGAAGAUGAACGGAUGCGGAUGAUUGAAAAUGCUGGAGAAGUUCUCAUUACUCCCCUUGAAAAAUUUAGAAAGGAACAGAUUGGUGCAGCAAAGGAAGUGAAAAAGAAAUAUGACAAGGAGACUGAGAAAUACUGCACUGUACUGGAAAAACACAUGAACCUGUCCUCCAAGAAGAAGGAGGUUCAUCUUCAUGAGGCUGACAGCCAGGUGGACCAAAUGAGGCAGCAUUUCUAUGAAGUGUCGCUGGAGUAUGUUUUGAAAGUCCAUGAAGUUCAAGAGCGAAAAAUGUUUGAGUUUGUGGAGCCGCUUCUUGCCUUUUUGCAAGGACUCUUCACAUUUUACCAUCAUGGCUAUGAGCUGGCCAAAGACUUCAGUGACUUCAAGACCCAGCUCACCAUCAGUAUCCAGAAUACUCGGGAUCGUUUUGAAGGAACAAGGUCUGAGGUGGAGGCUCUGAUGCAAAAAAUGAAAGAAAACCCUCAUGAACAACAAACUUUGAGUCCUUACACAAUGGAAGGUUACUUGUAUAUACAGGAGAAGAGACACUUUGGAACCUCCUGGGUCAAACAUUACUGCACCUAUCAGCGGGAUACAAGGCAAAUCACAAUGGUCCCAUUUGACCAGAAGUCUGGGGGUAAAGUGGGAGAAGAAGAGGUGGUUUUUUUGAAGUCCUGCAUACGAAGGAAAACUGAUUCUAUUGAGAAGAGGUUUUGUUUUGAUGUUGAACUUGUUGAUCGAUCGACUACAAUAACAAUGCAGGCCCUUUCGGAAGAGGACAGGCGGUUAUGGAUGGAAGCCAUGGAUGGUCGAGAACCAGUCUACAAUUCAAACAAAGACAGUCAAAGUGAAGGAUCUGCCCAGCUGGACAGUACUGGUUUCAGCAUCAUCCGGAAGUGUAUUCAAGCUGUGGAAACAAGAGGCAUUAAUGAACAGGGUCUUUACCGAAUUGUUGGCGUAAACUCCAGAGUUCAAAAACUCUUGAGUUUUCUAAUGGACCCCAAGAUUGCUACAGAGUCGGACACUGAAAUCUCUACUGACUGGGAAAUCAAGACAAUCACAAGUGCUUUGAAGACUUAUUUGAGGAUGCUUCCAGGCCCCCUCAUGACAUACCAGUUUCAAAGAAGCUUCAUCAAAGCUGCUAAACUGGAAAGCCAGGAGAGUCGAGUGAAAGAAAUCCAUUGUCUGAUCCACCGGUUGCCAGUGAAGAAUCGACAAAUGUUAAACAUGUUAAUGAAGCACUUGGCAAAUGUUGCUGCUAACCAUAAGCAAAACUUGAUGACUGUUGCCAACUUGGGUGUCAUUUUUGGGCCUACUUUACUACGCCCCCAAGAAGAGACUGUAGCAGCUAUCAUGGAUAUCAAAUUCCAAAACAUUGUGGUGGAAAUAAUUAUUGAAAAUCAUGAAAAGAUGUUUUCCACAGUGCCAGAGAUGCCACAGACAAACUCUCAGUUGCAUUUGUCUCGUAAAAGGAGCACUGACUCAAAGCCGCCUUCCUGCAGUGAGAGACCCCUAACGCUUUUCCACACAGCACAUUCUACAGAGAAAGAAGAGAAGAGGAACAGUGUAAAUUCAAGUGCCGAGUCGGUCAGUUCAUCUAAUGCAAAUAGCUCUGUGAGCUCCAGCUGUGUUCAACGCUCCAACAUGAAUAAUCUCAACUCCAGUGAUCCUGACCUGGAAGUAAUUAAAGUGAGCCGGCCAAAUUCCCUAUCAAACUCAAAAAAUAUAUCAGGCCUUUUGUCAAGUUCACUGAAUCCAAGCCCAACAUCACCACUUACAUGCCCUAUGUUCUCUGCCCCAUCAAGUCCAAUGCCAACAUCGUCAACUUCUAAUGAUUCAUCUCCAAUCAGUUUGCCAAGGCGAGCAAAGGCUUUAUAUGCAUGUAAAGCUGAACAUGACUCUGAGCUUUCAUUUACAGCUGGCACAGUGUUUGAAAAUGUUCAUCCAUCGCAGGAGCCAGGCUGGUUAGAAGGAAUGCUCAAUGGGAAGACUGGACUUAUCCCUGAGAAUUAUGUGGAAUUCCUAUAGCUUUAUGUUCUGCCAGCAAUCCUACGCUUUACAUGGUAUCCAUGACAACAGCUGAUGGCAUUGAAGAUUAUCUCCCUAUGCCUCCAUGAAUUACAGGGUGAAGGACUUUUCACUACCUGUUGCAGUGAAAAUGUAUAGCUCUGUACAUGAUUUAUGGUGUUAAAAUUUAGACAGAAGUGUGACCAUUUAUUUUUUAUUUUUGCAAGGGACCAUUUUAUGUUUACUGUUAUUGUAGUAUUUUAAUUCACUGUACCUUGUAACCACUAAAAGUCAAUAAUGUGUGUACUCUGCCAUUGUGGACUAAACCGAGGAUUAUAUUGCAGGCUGUUUGGGCAACUUUAUUAGACAUUUCUUGUUUCAUAUAUGCAAAAUCAACCACAACUUGAGUGCAGAUUUUAAUGAUUCCUUACUUAAAUGAAUUUUAAAGCAAUGCUGUACUUUUUAUUUUUUUUAUGUACAUAUUGAUGAGCUAGAUAUAACAUUGGCACUUUUUUAUUAAUUUCUUAAAAUUAUAUAGUAAUACCUUCUUCUGUUAUUAGCAGUCAAGGGAAACGGUCAAGUCCAAUCAAAAAUCAUCAGCUGUGACACAUGAAGUACUGCCGUUUUUAGAUAGUCUCAGGAAUAGCCAAUUGUGAGAUAAAAGAAAAAAAAAUCACAUGGGUAAGAAAAUGCAGAUUUAAGUGGCUAGGGGUUGUGUGACAUAGUGGACUGCAAUCCUACACACAGCCACUGGACAAGAGUGGUGAUGCAUCUGGAACAAAGCAGCCAUAUUUUCCUCAUCUCCUACAACUUCUUAGGUUCUUGUAUUGCAUAUACAGAACCACAUUUGUUCUAUGUGGCGCAGCAAAUUGGAACAUCGUUUUUAAUUUUACAUUUAAAAUUUAUUCAGUUAGAUCACACCUACUUAGGCCUUGACCUUAUGCACACGACCAUAUCUGUUCUGCAGUCCGCAAACUGCAGAUUCACAAAUGCGAUGCCAUCUGUGGACCGUAUUUUUCAUACCAGAAUAGGAUAUUUUUUAUAAUUUGUGGAACAGACCUACAGAUGUGGAGAGCACAGAGGUGACCCUUCCGGAUGUCUGUUCCACAAAUGAUAUAAUAUGUCCUAUUCUGGCCCGCAAAAUGUGGUUCACUGACCCAUUGAAGUCAAUGGGUCUACAAAAAAAUACGGAUGGCAUACAGUUGGUGUCUGUAUUUUGUAGAUCUGUGGUUUGUGGACCGCAAAACAGAUACGGUUGUGUGCAUGUAGCCUUAAUUAAAAAAUGCUUCUGUGUCCUUAUAGGGCCCCCGUGGGUUGAUUCUUUUUCAGAACAUUACCCUAAUAUGUUCAGUGGUCGCACAUGCUCAGUAGCACAGCCUACCACCCACAGACUGAUUCUUGCAGGCUAGCUAAUUAGAAUCAGUGCGCUAUACACAUCUUCUGCAUCCAGCACUGAACACAUAGGGUGUCAUAAGAACACUUGGGCACCAUUACAAGUAUAAAUAUUCAAAUUAAUAUUUAAUAAUUGGACUGCAGAUGAUUGACAAUUUUGUUUCCUAUACACAACAGGAAAGAAAAAUGUAAGACAUCAUGCAGAGGCAGGGGCAGCGUGCUACAUCAGACUCCUCUCUCUCACAUUGCUGCCAUGCAUUGUAGUACUAUAAGUACUGAAUGCCAUCACAAGAGUGACAGACCACUGAAAUUAGAAGAUUAGUGUAAUGUAAAUCCUAACCUGAUAAUCUUCAGAUCCCAUGAAUAGCACUUUUCUUCCAGUCUGAUAUAGCAAGUGAAGAACAAUCUGUGGUUCCCCGCCUUCUGUAAAUUUGGGCCCUCCUACAACUUGAGGCCACUUUCAUUUUUUUUUCCAAGGCCACUUCAAGUUCCCAGUCCUCCCCUGGUGAUUGAUUGUUUUUUUUCAAAAAGCGUAUACAUCCUUAUGCAAUCUAAAGUAUGCAAUCACAAAGUAACGAAGAAAAGAAAGGGUACCAUUAGAAGUAGAGCCUUAGGAAGAGGAGAACAACUCUACAUAACGUAUGAGCUUAUGUUGCAAUACAAAGUCAAUAGAAAGCGUAGACCAUGUGGUGGCGAGGGGUCAUGAUAGGCCAUUUUAAAGCACUUCAUAUUGGACAAAAAGGCAGGCAACACUGUCAUUUUAUCAGUGUGUCCAUUCCAAAAUAUGAUUUGGAAGCUGGAUGCUUAGGCACAGAAACAAGAUCCAUCCAGAAUUUUAGUAAAGCGCUAGUGUUGCCACAGAACAAUACACAUGUGCUGCUGACUAGUCUACCAUUUAACCUUUACAGGUAACUGUGGAUGAAUAACCGCAAGACAUACUGUCUUUUUUUUAAAGGUGUCUGCUUUUUGCUAAUGAUGAUCUAUCCUCAGGAUAGCUCAUUAAUAUCUGAUUGGUGGGGGUCUAACACCCAGCACCCCCACGGAUCAGCUGUUUGAAGAUGGGACAGCUCAGUCUGUUCAAGUUAAUAGAAUGGAGCCAUCACAUAUAAGUGAAUGGGGACGGCAUUAUUGCUGCAGUGAGCAGGUAAACGGAGAAGAAAAGGCAGCUCUUGUACAAGCACUGCCUUCUCUUCAAACAGCUGAUUUGCGAGGGUGUCGGAAGUCAAACCCGUGCUCAUCUGGUAUUGAUGACCUAUCCUGAGGAUAGGUCAUCAAUAGUAAAAAGCAGACAACCCCUUUAGCUAGUCACAGUCAAGUGAGAUAUAUUUUAAAUAAGGGGUGAUGCACACACGCUUAGUUGUUAGGAGGCAGGCAGAGAAUGUAUAAUGACAAUAUAAUUAUAUUCUGGCUGUUAAUUAAUAAAAGAUUAGGUAAAGUGUCAUUCCAUCAACCUAGUAAAAAUAUGAGCCUUAGGCCUCAUGCACACGACCGUUGCGUUCCGUUCUGCAAAAUGGGGUUCCGUGAUCCAUUUCCGUGUGUCUUCCUUUAUUUUUGGAGGACCACCAGACAUAAAAGAAAUAAAAAAAAAGUCUAAGUCAGGUUUGCCAUGCAAAUGAUAAGAAAAAAAUGGACGCACGGACGCGGAUGACAAUAUUGUGUGCCUCUGCGUUUUUUUGCGGUCCCAUUGAUUGAAUAGGGGCUGCAAACCGUGUUCCGCGAAAAUAAUAAGACAGGUUAUUUUUUUUGACUGACUGGAACCACGGACGCGGGUGACAAACAGUGCAUUAGCAGAGUUUUCAACGGACCCAUUGAAAGUCAAUGGGUCCGCAGAAAAUCACAAAAAAAGGAACAACGGACACGGAAUAAAACAACGGUUGUGUGCAUGAGGCCUUAGUCUGUAACAGAGGUGACAUGCAGAUCAUUAUAGUUUGUAAGAUGAUUGUAGUUUAAACAUUAAAGGCAGUGUGAUUAUGCCACUAAAUGUCCGCUAACAAUGAAAUCGCUUUUAGCCGCAGUCAGUUUGAGAAUAGAGCUAAUCUGCAUGUCAUGGCUGUUUCAGCUGCAGUGUAGCUGCCAUCCAUGAGCCCAGCCUAAAGUGUGAGUAUUUUUACUUCUGCACUCAAGAUUGUUCAAGCUCUUCAUUGCACUGUUGGUGCCCUGCAGAUGUAGCUAUGUGCUCUUUCUCUUUUAUUGUCUGUUACUCCUUUUUGUAUCUUUUACGUUUUGAGUACUUGAGUUUAUAAAUUGCUGUAUAUUUUAUUUUGCAAAUAUAACAUUGUAAAUAGAAAUUUAUGUCAAGUGCUGUGAGGUAAAGUUCUAUAUUUGAUAAUACUUGUGCACUAAUUAAGCUCACUGGGAUGAUGUCCACUUUUCUAGAUGUUUUUAUGACCAGAGUUGCUGCAAGGAUCAAAGAAAUAAGUUGGAGCCAUGCUUACUGAUGACAUAGAACUCUGUGAUGCCGCCUCAUUUUAUAAAUUAUUUUUUUGUACCUUAAGUCAAUUUCACUGGAUU